UUGUUUUCAUUACAAACAUAAUGAAAUCCUGUUUUGAAUUAUUGUAAUUGUUUUUCAUAACUAUCAAGAUAUGACCACUAAGAGCUGUGCUGUGCCUGCUGAGUGCCUGACAGGGUCACUUAACUUUGGAAUAUCAAGGAUAAAUAACAAGUGCUGCACCACGGACCUCUGCAACUCUCAGACUGUCCCAGAAUCCAGCAGUAGUACCCCAAAUGGGAAACAGUGCUUCACUUGCAACGGCCAGGAUUGCCUCACCACUCUAAACUGCCUGGGAGACGAUAAUAGCUGUAUCUCCACUAUAACUGAGGUCUCAGGCCAGAAGGUUUCCUUGAAGGGAUGUGCCAGCAAGAGUAUGUGUGCAGGGUCAAUGUCCACUGAACUGCCAGGCAUAAGCUUCAAGCUGGACUGCAGUGACGGCAACCUGUGCAACAACGCACGGAGCCUCACCGUGAGUCUGCUGCUCCUGGUGGCCCCCCUGCUCUCUGUCGCCCUCUUCCACUGAGAAGCACAGUCCAAUGAUGAUUCACCUCAUCCAACCAUCUUUCUCUCCAGCUUUCCUCUGUGAUCUGUGCUCACAAUCUGCUCAUCCUCUGUCCUGUAACACCCCUCCCCAUCAUGAUCGCAUCCCUUUGCCAUCUUUGUUUUGUGCCUUUCACAUAAUCUGGUGUCUAGGGGGUAUGUCUUUGUGUGUUUUACAGAACUCUAUCGGUUCAUCAAGUCUUGAGAUCCACCCCCAUAUUUGGAAUGCACAACACACCCCAACUUCCUCUCUCCCCCCCCCCCUUCCCCAAUAACCAGACUAUCCCCAAAAAGUGUCUAUACUGAAGCAAUCUGAACACGCUAUGCACUGUACCUAAACUCUGUUUUGUAACUAUUUAGAGAAGUUCAACAAUGACAAGAUAAUGUUAUGGCUUAGUAUCAGUAGAUUUUUGAAACGUGUAAUCAUUUUGGGUUCAAAUGCUUGUGUGGUGCUCUACGUCAGUGCUGGAUAGAGAAAAACUGGUUUGAAAGCGAUCUUCUGACACCGUGGCACUGAUAACACAAUGACAUACUUUCUGUGCAACUGACACUUAGGCCAGCAGCGUUUUUCUGUGGUCUUUUAAAGGAAACAACAUGAUGCCGAUGACAACAAACCAGGAGUUAUAGUGUAGAAACUUGACAGGUUUGUCAGAACAAAAGUCCUGGCAAAAAAAAAAAGACUAAAAAAUGGCAAAUUGUGCAAAACGCAGAGAC